AUGGAGAAACAUUCAAGAUGGACCUCCCCUGGUGUUGGACCCCCGGUCCUCGCCGACGGAGUCUCCUUCAGCCUCCCGGACAAGUCACUGCCUAUGGAUCUGAGCUUCCAGCUUGGCGUCUACCCCAGCAAACCACGCCAUGUCUCAAUCUACCGACACAAGCUGUGCGCCCUCAGUGACCGUGUGUCCCCCCGGGACCCUCGUCUGUUUCGACGCCCCAUGAGUGAUCGAGCGCCCCUGCUGUCCGAGUUCGGAGAAAUGCCUAAGCCUGAACACGUUCAGGUUUUCUCCGUCUCCAUGAAGCAGGUUGCGGCUGCUCCUCUGCCGUCAUCAGAUGAGGAAGAAGAGGUUGUCUCCCCUAGAGCGAUUGAUGCCUUCAGCUCAGAGCAGGUUGUCCCCGCUUCACGUCAGACUGAGGUUGAUCUAACUGAUUCUCAGAACAAGACUGAAGUGAACCCUGCUACUGUGGCCCUGCCAUUAUCAGACUCGGGGAGCAGCUCAGACUCCAGCUCAGACUCAGACUGGGAUGAUGCCUCAUCAUCUUCAAGCAGCACGUGCAACAGCAGCCCAUGUGCCAAAUGUAACGGUUCCGACAGCUCAUCCGACAGCGGCUCUGACAGCUCAUCAAACAGCUCCUCUAGCUCAUCCAACAGCUCAUCCAGCAGCUCCUCUGAGGACGAGGAUUCCAGCAGUGAGGAAGACGAUGUCUCGGACCACCCCACUCCAGAAGUGGAUCAUUCCUGUAUCUUGGACCACAAGUCUGGACCAAGUGCUGAGACAUCUCCAUGCUCCUCUGGAUCCCCCACCACCUCUGCAUAUGGAUCAAGCUCUGGAUCAAGCUCUGGAUCAGCUGCCAGCUCAGGUUGCAGCUCAGGAUCAUCCUCCAGUUCAGGAUACGGCUCAGCUGCUCAUGGAUCGUCAUCUUCCUGCCUCGAACAAACUCCCGGCACCUCCUCGGCUGUCACCUUUGACCCUGACCUUGAGAAGAGACUUACGAUCACUAGAUAUGGUCCUCAGGCUCGAGGUCUCAGGGUUUGGUACAACGAAGAUGAGGUAAAUAUUCCAUCAGUGUAA